AUGGACGACCCAUUCGUCUCCUGCCCCUAUGACCCCGCACAUCGUGUUCCACGUUCACGUAUCCAAGGUCACAUUGUCAAAUGUCAAGUUAAACACCCAGAACUUGCCAUCUGUCCUUACAACGCUACACACCGCUUACCACAUUCAGAAAUGACUCAUCAUGUAAAAAACUGCCCGUCGAGAGCAGCUAUGUUUCCGGAAACCCCACCGACGAAGAUUGUAGCGAAGUUGACAUCACCUACGCCUAUCUUGCAGAGGGAAUAUCUGCCAGAGACUGAUCCUAAUCACGAAAUAUGGGAUGAUUAA